GUACUGUAAUACCAAAAAACUUGACAUAGCCUUAGCCCGGCGCGAGAAGAAAUCGUAUCCUCGCCAGCUCUUCACCAACAGAUUCGUCUCCUCGCCUCCGCCGGGUUUCGACCAGAACGCCGCCGCCAGCCCACCAGUAAUUCCUCCGGGCACUGGUCUCCGCCUAGGUCCCAGGAGGCCAGGACCGCCUCCGGCCCUCCGCGACUCCGUCGGUCCACCGGGACUGGCUUGCCGCUGCCAGGGGCUCCAUCGCCCAGUACCGGCUCCGGUACACAAGCGGAAGGCGGCCGAGUACCAAGACGCAGCAGCAGCGCGAGGCGCCUGGUCUCCACCUCCUCUGGGAUCACCACCCAAGAAAAGGGUGCGCGGCGCAUAGGCGACCACUGAGAUUUUAUUCUCUAUAUAACAUUUGGCUGUAAGUGGAUUAUAAUCUCUAUAACUCUUAAAUAAGCAACAGUGCAACACCUUGAUUUUGUUGGGUCCUCCGCCAGUCCCAUGCAACGCGAGAUUUUGGGAGCCGUGGCCGCACGCCCGCACAGACGCCAUUGUUCAGCCCUAGACAUGCGCCACCGAGCCCUGUCGAGCCAACAUAGCAGAGAAAGAAGUUGCAAAUAUCUCAAUGUCAAGUGUUUCAAAUUCUAUUGCUGUGGGUCUUCCAAGCUAUGGGCUAUAUCUAGAGACAAGGUUUCUCACGCAGACCUAUAGGAACUUCGCACAGAAAUCCUCUUACAAGUAUUCCAGAAUCCGUGCAGUGCAGGGAAAUGGUGGGCGUCGAAGGCUGGUUGACAUAAUCCGAAUCAUUCCAGAACUCUCAAGGGACUAUUUUAAAAGUCGAUCGAGGCGAGCUCUUUUUGGUGGCAUCUCGUUGCUUGGCGGCUUUUACGUUGCACAGACAAUCUCGCUCUCUUUCGGUACCUUGGGUGUGAAUGAUGUUAUAGCAGCGGUUGUUUGUGUCCUGCUGACAGAGUAUGUGACAAAGUUCUAUUACAGUCGGCCUAAGGUUACCUUCCCCAUUGCUCUCCUCAACAAUUUCAAGAUGGGUUUCACAUAUGGCCUGUUUAUUGAUGCCUUCAAGCUUGCUAGCUGAGCUGCACUAUGUCCUGCUUGGCUACUUCUUUGCACGCUCUUGAUCACCACAAACAUGACUAUAUAUGACAUACAUCAUUUUUGUAUUGUUGUAUGUGAAGAUUGAAUCCAGUUUACAUAGCCUUUUAGUUUACAUGGAAUUCAUCUCUGCUGUGCAAUUUUGCAAACUUGAGGUUAAUCCAAGCUAAUUCUGAACUGAGCGGCAGUAAAGUUCCUAUUGGGUUACUGUCUGUUACUGUUGCCUGCCAAAUUUAUAAAGUCCUUCAGUAAUAUCAGUGUGUCUUGAUUGCUAGCAGCAAUGCGACAAACAUGGCAGAUUCCAGUGAUGCUGUAUCAAAAUGUGUUUGCCUGUUUGGUCUGUGCACAGCUUUAGGUGGUUUCUUGGCACCAUGCUGUAUUCUGAUUAUUUUGGGUAUUUCUCAGAAUCUCUAAUAGUUGGCUGUGCGUUGAGAAGAGGCGACGAUAUUAUUGUAGCAUUAUUGGAAAUGGAUGUACACUGAGGCAUUGGGAAUGGAUGCCAUUUUAUGUUUGAAAAUUACACUUCGUGAAUAAUGAUCUGCUUUGGGACGCGAUAUCAAUAGUCAUGUUCUUUGUGUGCUGAUUUUCCCCCUCAAAUUCUGCAUCCGGUACUAUCCAUUCAUAAUUUGUGAUACUUUUUUUUUGUACACGUUUAAAGGUGCACCCAUGUGUUGGUGAUUCAGUGACGCCAUUUCGGGCGUCAGCUAGAAUCGUCUGUGCAUAUGUGAACGGGUAUGCCAUUUUCUAUUGUUGAGAAGUUUUUCUUAUAUGGAGUACAUGUGACUAUGUAAGCUCUUUCCUCUGUAUUUUUUUCUAUGAUGAGAAAGUGCAUAUAAAACACCCGGCGAGUGUCAGCCAAUGGUUAUGCAGUUACAUUAAAACAAAAGCAUGAUUUAUUUUGUCGCUACUACAAUGUAGUUAACUUAUUAGUUUGAUGAAGGGGGUAUAUGCUUUUGAACACGACCAGAACAAUAAUUUUAAUAUGCAGGUUUGCCUCACUUGGGACAGACCAUUGUUCAAGAUGGUGAAACUGUAAGCUAAAUUCAUUGCACUUGCAGAUGUGGCGAAGUAAUUUUCAAAUGAAGCUACAUUUCAAGGCCCAGCAUUUAUCAUGGCUUUGUGAAGUGGCUGGCCAUGUUUUUUUUAAAAUUUAAUUAAUAUUCCUUCUUGCAGUGCACAGUCAGUGAGAUGGUAUUUAUCUAAUAUAUCGUCUUCCUCCACACCCAUUCUCCCUUUGACAAUUGAAGAAAACUGCAGCCACUGGAGGUCCAAGAUUAUAGAGCGCAGAAAAGUCUCUCGUGUUGAAAUUUUGUCUCCAUCCUGGUGCAUAAACGGUUUGCUGGACAGACUGGCGGAAGAGUACAAAGACAAAGCGAUGUAUUCCAGCAGAUGGCUUUGGGUUUUCAUAGCUGACAAUUUCAUUUCCUGUAAUAAAAUUUGUUCAACCAUGUCACAGUGAGUUAGUAUGAACAUUGUUCUCAUCUGUGUAAAUACCGUGAGAUGAACAGUCAUUGUGGCAAAUUUUAGGUUUUAAAAUACGGAAACUACAGUGAUGCUCAUAUUGAGCUAAAAAUAGAAGUUGAGAUGAACUAAUUAAAUCCACUUUUGGUACCAUUGAUUUGCACAACUUUUAGCAAUAUAAUUCAAAUAAUUUUCUGACACUGAUAGGUGCUGUAGACAUGACAGGCAGCUGCUUACCGUCCAGGCUGCAUAAUCUGUGGUAACCUUUAUAUUAUCAUUUUUUCAAGAAAAUGGAGAUGAUAUACUUGCCAAUUUUUUGUUGUGUAGCAAUGAGGUAUAUGUACAUGUCAUCUUGAGGAACACCAUAUGCAUUUACUUUAGAAUCUAAUAUAAGUAUUGAAGUAAUGAACUACUCCCUCCAUUCCAAAAUAGUAGUCGUUUUAGCUCUUGAUUUUUAUGUUUAUAUUCAAAUAGAUGAAGAUACAUCUAGACACAUAUAUAAAAUACAUACAUCAAGUAUUGUGUGAAUCCAAUAAAUACCUAAAACGAAUUUUAUUUUGGGACAUAGGGAGUACUUAAAUUGAGAAGUACAGAAUGGAAGAACCCACUAUAGCUAGCAUUUGCUGAUUCCGGGAUGUCUGUCACCAACCUGUGACAUGUAUUUAUUUUAGAUUUGUCACAUCAAAGUAGUAGAAUUAGUAUUUUCCAAUAAUUGUGAAAAGUUCCAGGACUUACCAAUGAAGAUAUUCUCUAUUUGUUGGGUUACUUGGACUUGGGGAGUCUGGAUCCACCAUCACCUAGUAGCAAGGGUUAGCUUGUUAUCUUGAGGAAAUAUCUCAGAACUAAACAUAAUAGUUCCCUUAUUCAGUAGCAGGUGCUUAGCAUUUGUUCUCUGAAAUUGUUACCACACUUCCUUAUCUUUUAUUCAGAGAAUUACAAAGAUACUAUUUGAUUAACCAGCGCAAUCUAGGCAUUCUUUUUUAAGGUACCUGUUAACCCUGAUGAAUGAAAUAAAGCCUUUUUUCUCAAACACAAAAAGAAAGUCUCUAAUGCAGACUUAUUUUAAUGUUACUACUACAAUAACCUCGUCAUAUAACAAUAAAGUCUUUUAGUCCCAAGUAAAUUGGAGUAGGCUAGAGUUGAAAGUCAAAAGAAGCCAUAAAUCAAGGUUCAGUCACAUAGAUAGCUGUUUUUCAUUCGCUCCUAUUUAAGACUAAAUCUUUGGUAUAUUUUAUCCUUUCAAGUCUCAUUUUAUUGUCUUUUUUCAUGUCAAUUUUGACCUUUCUUUGUCUCUUUUUUUAUUAUUAUCGCUCUUUAGAAUCCAACUACACACUGGUGUCUCUAAAGGUCUUCGUCAAUCGUCAUAACACUACUAAAAUGCGAAAACUCAUAUCAUAUGACAUGUAUUUAUGCAUCUUACUAUAGUAAUUCAAACUUCCUGUAGUUGUUGAUGACAUAACUUUUUAUUCUAGUCAGCACCAUGUACAAGAUGCAGGUACAUGUGCCGAUGCUGUCGAACAUACGGAUGGUGCAUGAAAUUAAAUGCAAGUGCAGAGGUCCUUUUCAAUCCAUAAAAAAAAUUGUACAACUUAUGGAAAGUUGAGAUUCUUUGUUUUCAUUGCUAUGUGGGCACUGAAAACAAUUAAAGGUGAUGAACUCCAAAAGCAGAUGUUACAAGUAAGAGAUUGUGUACUUAGUUUUAUAAAAACAGAGAUCUUGUGCAGCUAGGCAUAUGAUUGUUUAUUUACCCUGAUACCUUGUAUUCACUUUAACUAAACUUAAUACUGCUCAAUGUCGUAAUGAACUAGUUAUGGACUUACCAGAGUGUAAAGGUUCCUCAUGUCGCGCCCACCAAUUUCAACCCUUGGUUCACUUGCUACUUGUGAUGGCUUGAGGUCAGAUCCAUUGGUCAGUUCCUUGUUGUUGUACAGAACCUUAAGUGAGGCUGUUUUAAUAAAUGGGUCCAGAAUGUCACCUACUACAUGUCCUACUACUAGUGGGUCCCUUGACAUGGUUAGUCAAGAAUGCUAUUUUGAGGCCCGCUCUCUAGAGAACAAAGAAGCUGAUUUGGCCUCAAAUGUGAAGUUGGGUGCACUGAUGGGUGCAGGUACGUGUCCUAUUUAUACUUGUAACCUGAAGUGCUGAAGGCUUUCAUGAUAUCAGGAGUCGUGUGCUCUAGAUGCCUUAGAAUCUCAGCUUUAAGAUGCAUAUAUUUAUAUCGGUCGUCACUACUGGACAGUGUAGGCCUGUAUGUCCACUAUCUGGGCUUACAGAAAAAAAAACAGGAGUGUCCAUGGUAACCCCACAUUGGUGAAUAAAAUCUGAUGACUGCACUCACUUAUUCCCUAUAUCUGUUACAGUGUUACCCUAGCUAGACAUGAUAUGCUCCUGAAAAGUGGUCUGCCUUUUGACUUGUCUGUCAGAUUGACACCUCAUCCUCUUUCCUUGCAGCAUGAACAUUCCCUCACCCUUUCAAUAAACUAGGUGAAUGAGGAAAGCGAGCCGGAAUUCCCUAGUACUUGGUUGGUAAUCUUCUAUGUCUUUGAUAUGUACAGGCUAGAACUUACAUGCCUGGGAAGAGACUACUGACCUGGUGGAGAGAUUUUUUAACCUCCUCAAUCCUCUUACUCCUAAACUAGUCCUCAGUGAAUGCAGGAACUCCUGGAGAUCGUUUUUACUAGAGCGUGCUCAUUAAAGCUUCCACUCUAAUGUUGCUGUGAUGAAGAUUGCCUUCUCAUUACAAAUGGUGGAGGGCCUCAAGCGAAACAUUAUUUGAUGGGAAUAUUAGACUUCAACGAUAAAAAGUGGAUACAGGAAGGAGUGGCUCUCUUUCGGAGUGUGGCCUCUCAUCUGAUCAAAUGAAGGCUGAUGCUGUACUUAUAAACACGGGGGCCUUUCGGAGAAACAGAUCCAGGGCAGGAAAGGCACGGAGCCCGGCUACGUGGAGGAAGUGAAUCGUCAGAUUGGAGGAAUCGAACCGUCGCUGGCAUGAUAAUCUUGACCAGAGAGCAAGUGAGGCAAAGCGCCAUGCUCGUUCACGUGGGAGCAUCCCAUUCGUCGCGUGACGGAUGGGACUCGUACCCCCAAGGACCAACCCCAAAUCCAAAUCCCAGAAGAAGACGGCGCGGGCGCGUGCCAUGGAAUGGAAAGGUUCCCCGCAGCGGAGGAAUCGUCCACCCGCCCAGCUACUCAAGGUUGGCUACGGGGGUUUCUUUCGAAAAUGGAAUGGCCCGGACUGAAUUAUUGGCACAGUAGUGGCCAACAGGAUUGGCUGGGCCGGCAAAGCGAAAAUAUUGGAUGUACCCACCUGAUCGGCGGUGGAUCGUAUAUGGCACCAUCUCUCAUCAAAUCGACAACGCUCCAGCAUUUGCAAUGAACAAAACAGCUUACCGGAGUGCAGCCCUGCUGGCAUGGGUUACAAUUUUCCCGCUCGAACCGGGUCUGUUUUUCUUUCUCCUCUCCAUGGAAGAACCGUUCAGUGCCAUGACAUCAGCAAAAACUUGUGUAAUUUCUUUAAAGA